GCCCGCAAAGGAGGGUUACAAAACCAGGAAGCGAUUAUCUGGUGAUAAGCAUGACCGCGUCCUUCUGCUUUUUAAAGAGAGGCUAUUAUAUGUUUUAGUACAUACUGCUUAUAUAAUAACUUUACAGCUAACGGCAACCAUCUAUAUAGACCUUUGCGUUUAGGGAAACCUUUCUCAGCAUCGCUCAUCAAACUCAGUCAUCAAGGUCAAGCAGCAGCGGUGCAUGCUUUGAAGAGCUGAGUCUAUGCAAGCAGCAGCACGUGUGAUUGUCGCAGAGGUAAAAGUCGUUCGUAAUAAAGCUGUGAUAUGGCAGGACUUAUAAACUUUGAAGACGAGAAGGAAGUGAAGCAGUUUUUGGAUAAUUUAGGAGUGGAGUACAGCUUCCAGUGCUACAAGGAGAAAGAUCCUGAAGGGUGCCAAAGGCUUGCGGACUACUUGGAAGGGGUGAAGAAGAACUACGAAUCUGCAGCACAAGUGCUCAAACAUAACUGUGAGACGCAUGGACAUGGAGAGAGCUGCUAUAAACUCGGGGCUUACCAUGUCACAGGCAAAGGUGGAGUCACUGAGUGUCUGAAAACAGCGUACUCCUGCUUUCUGCGCUCUUGCAACUCUGGAGGAAAGAAGUCUGUAGACGCUUGCCAUAACGUUGGUCUGUUAGCCCAUGAUGGACGAGCUGUGGAAGGAGGACCUGACCUUAAAGCAGCCCGGCAGUACUAUGAGAAAGCGUGCGCAGGUGGCUUUGCUCCUUCCUGCUUUAACCUCAGUGCUUUGUUCAUUGAGGGCAAUGCCAAAGGGCUGGCACGGGAUAUGACUCUUGCUCUGAAGUACGCUAACAGGGCUUGUGAGCUGGGACAUGUGUGGGGCUGCGCCAAUGCAAGUCGCAUGUACAGACUUGGGGAUGGUACGGAGAAGGAUGACAAGAGAGCAGAAGAGCUGAAAAAUCGAGCGAGGGAGCUGCAUGGUUUAGAAAAGGAAAGGCAGCUUAAAUUUGGGGAGUAAAACACUUUAAAGUAUCAUUGUUUUGGUGUACUUCCACAUUAUUUGAGUUACAUUGUUUGUUUCAACAAACACAAGUCGUUCAUGGUUUUCAGAGGUUGAAGAUGACCAUGUUUUAAAAAAGAUUGAUUAAAUUUACUUUUUUUUUUUUUUUUAUUUAAAGCCUGUAAAUGGUAAAAUUCAGGGAGCAGCAUUGAUUUGUAUCAGUACAUUCAAAACAUUUGCAUAGAAAAAAAUAGAAAUAGUACAUUCUUCUCAAUUUUCGUGCCAUAGCUGAUCAUUUCUUAUGUUUCUAUGAUUUGUGCUAUACGAAUGAUUAGACAUAAGCCUGUAAAGUUAAAUCGAAGUUUGCACCAAAUAUACUCAUAAGAUAAGUUUGUUUGGCUUUAACAGAAUCUUACAGGAAUCCAGUAUUAAAAAUAAACUGCUUCAAAAUGUGAAGUACUGUAAUACUUGACUCUAUUUGUAAUUAUAUGUUUUAAAUUAAAUUAGAAUUCUGUUUCAUUGAUUUAAAAUUAUUAUUAUUAUCAUUAUUAAUUACUGUUGAAACAAAAUAAUUUAAAAGUUUGGGAUUAAAAAGAUAUAUCUUAUAUUAGUCAAAUUUAGCUUUUUUUUAAUUACAAAACACAGCACCUUUUCCAGUCCAGUAAAAACACAGUAUUAUUUCACUUUAAUUAAAUUUUAAAUUAAAAUUUUAUUUCCAUUCAAAUGAAAGAAAAUGUAAUUUGACAUUUAAUUUCAGUGUAGUUUUAGUUGAAAUUUUUAUCUACAAUGCAAAAGUCUACAUAUAGACCUUAUACCACAGUUACUGUAGUUCUGUUUUUUCAAAAAAAUUUUCUUUCCAGUUCAAUUUAGAUUCAGUUAAUUUGGAGAGUGAAUUUGAAACUACUGUCUAAAUAAAGAUAUUUCCUGCAUGUUUAUUUUAUUUUAGUUAUAUAUGCAAAUACCAUUUCAGGUCUCUUUUUUUCCAGAGAUAUAGAUUUUACAUUUACAUCAGUCAAAUAAUUUUCACAGCUAGUUUUAAUGUUGCUUUAUACCUUGCUUUAUACUAAGCUUAUUCUAUACUAAGCAGAGAUGUCAAACACGUGGACUGGGGGCCAAAAACAGGCCAAGAAAGGGUCUAAUCCGGCCCACCAAAUGGCCUCGGAAGGUAUGAAAACUGCUGAAAAGUCAUCAGCAACUCCAGCUGUAUCAGUGCUAUUCCUGCUGUGGGGAUACAAGCCCAGUGAAAGUAGCUUGAAUGUGAAAAAACAAACAUUGCUGAAAUGGUACUUUUUUCCCCUUAAUCAUCUGUUUUGUAAAUGGAUGGUUCAUUAAAUCUGAACUGUGCUGUUACUGGCCAGGGCCACUUCAAAUAAAGUUGGACAAUAUGAGGACCAUGAAGUGCAAUGAGUCUGACACCUGUGACCAGAUCCCAACAACUGAAAAGUGGGGCAAACACUGUGUGUGGGACAUGUCAACAAUGCUGAGAUAGUCUAAAAUCUUCAUAUCUAAAUUAAAAAUACAAUAAAUUGUACAUGUCAUCAGAUUGCCAUUUAACAUAUACAGGCCAAAUAUAUUCCCAAUGUUGUUGCUAAGUAAAUAGAAUAAGAAUAAAACAAAGCUAAAGUUUGUUCUUUUGGUUUUAUGCAAUAGUCUUUUUAUACUCUCGUAUUCUCUUUUAUUUCACUGUUAUUUCAGCUGCUCUUCUGACUGGUAACAGUUUUUGGGUUUCAGUUUGGAUGUAUUCAUAGAUUGGUAGACCUUUUUUAAACCAUAUGUGACAAUUUUGGCAAUUUGUAUCCAAUUAAGGCAUACAUAUACUGUGUCACUUCACAAAAAACAGAAAUGAGGUAGAGUAUGAUUACCAUUGUUUAUGAAACAUUUUUUUUGUCCUAGUUCAGUGUUUAUUCUUGCUAUUAUAUCAUCUUUGUUAUUUUUUUGUCAAAAAAAAGUGUUGCCAUUUAGAAUAUGUUGUAUGUAAAAAGAGUAGGUGUAAUAAGCCUAAGCUUCAGCCUACACCUUUUCAGUCAAUAACUGAUUGUCAACAUUUAUUUAUUUGUUUAUUUAUAUAACCUUUUAUUUUUUGUUGUUUUGAAAAAAAUAUUAAUAAUGACUAGAAUACUGAAAUAAAAUAUCAAUAUCA